GCGUUAGCCGCAAGGAAUGUGCUCAAGCGCGUGAGGACAUAAAGAGAAAGACGUAGUCACUUGUCUUUCGCAGGGACGUGUAUCACAUGGCAAAUGUGCGAAUUCUGAAGUGUGAAAUACUAUUUAGUUGCAGUCCCAUGAUGGAUUCACCAUUUUAAAGGAGAACCGGGUUUCUGUCCUUCAAAGGCCAUACAGCGGUUUCUGAAGAAACAGUUUUUGCCAAUCCAAUCCAGCCAGAAACGACCCUGAAGAUGUCUUCUAAAAAUGCACCCCUCCUUCAAGCGGUCUACGUGACGGUGUUAGUCUACAUCCUGGUGCAAAUCCACUUGACCGGGGUUUUUGUCAUCACUUUCAACAGCAGUGUGUCCGAUUUGGGGAAUAAUGAGCAGUAUGACGCCUUGAAAGCCUACUCUCAAUCUCGGUUGGUUUAUUUUAAAAGAAGCAGAAGUCAAUCAGACGACGCAAUUAUAAACCACGAUACAGAUAAGUCACGUGAUCCUGAGGUCGCUUCCGACAUGUGGAACUCACUCGAUGUAGACAGCAUGCGCACUAUAGGCGGCUAUUUAAGCAAUCAGGACAGCAAACACGUUCUUAAAAAAGAGGUGUCCCAGCAAGCUUAUGGAGUCCACAAAUUCCAAAAUCAUGCGCAGCAAACGGAAAUAAGUUUACCUCUAGUUGGACGCAACCAACCGCUUUCAACUGCAACAUUCCCCAAAGCAUUGGGAUUUAAAUAUGACGCAUUCAAAAUGGCCGAACCGAACUGCGUGGACGAGGAGGACUUACAAAAAUUCCGCAAACAUCCACACAACGUUCAACUUAUGCAACAGAAGGACAAACAGCUUAGAGGCGUUAUACGGAUUGUUGACAAUGGCGUCUUCCAUGGUUCGUUCCGCCCUCCUGGGUGCGGCUGGGAGAGUGCUUUUGAUGAAAUAAAAUCAGAAAACUUAUCCUGGCCUGCAGCUGUCCAUUUUGAUGUUUUGUGCCCACUGAUUGUCCCCGGCGGAUCCUCUUUCCAACAUUUCUUAGACGGUGUUCUGCCCAAGAUUGUCCAAGCCCAUGAUCUGUUGCGGAACAAAGGCGUAAAAAUCUUGAUACCUCGCAACAGAGAUAAAAUUAUAUUGGAGAUCUUGGGAGCACUUGGUAUCGAAAAAGAUAUGAUUCUUUUCCACGCUGGUGGAAUUUAUACAGCAAGGAAGAUGAUCUACACGUGUAUAACGCCGCCAUUACACCCGACCCUGUGGCAAAAUGCACACAAACUUAUGAACGCUCCUGAAAAACUCCCUGUACCUCGUGAGGAGGCAUAUGUCAUUUUGUUAACCAGAAAACAGAGUCAUAAUGGGGGAAGAAACAUGCUGAAUCAGAUAGAAGUACAGGCGUUUCUAGAAAAAAGAUACGGGAAGGAGAAAAUUAUAGUCUACCCGGGAAGGUACAACCUCACAACAUCUGUGAGCGUUUUUGGGCGUGCGCGCUUAAUGAUUGGUGUUCACGGAGGCGCCCUCUAUAAUCUAAAUUUUGCCUCAAGCGACGUCAGUGUUGUAGAAAUACUUCCGUCAGAUGGCGCAGGUAACCCUCUGCCCCAGGGAAUCGCUCACACCAUCUUUUGGUCCAUGUGCAAUAUGUUGAAUCAGUCGUAUUGGAGAAUUUAUAAUAAAGCGGAAACACGGAAUGGUAACGUAAUUGUGGAUCUCUUCAAACUGGGUCGGGUUUUGGACAGGAUUGACCAGCAGUUCGGAUAUUUUUUAACAAAUUAGUAUAAUUUAUUAUAGGUUCUAUUAAACGUGAUAAUAACUGAAAUCUGUAAAAUAACGUAUUUUAUAAAAAUAUUUUCAUGAAUGCUCUCUUUUUUUUUUUUUUUU